UUUACAGGACUCAUAAGGCCUGUAGGACUGGGUACGCGGACGAUAUAAUUUUGGGAAUCUGUUAUUUUUCUAUUAAAAUUUGUUGCUAUCAGAAAUUGGAGCAUCACAAAAGUAAAAUUGGAGCCAAAGAGGUUAUCUUUUUAUGCUGGUUUUCAUACAUGUACCGAAGCCCCAACUCCAAUUAUGAAUAUCCAUGUACACCCCACCUCCCCAUGUUUACUCGGCACCUGAACGUCUUGGGCUCCGGCUGGUCUCCCUCCGCACAGGCAUCACUGGGGUGGUGGCGGACUCCGUACCCGUUCAAUCCCUCAUGGUGGAUGGGGCACCCCCCCUGGCCUCGGCAGUUUCACCACAACAGGAACUUGCUGGUAAACCCAGGCGCUCGAGAUAUCGGAACUUGGGGACGAAGCACCUCAGGUUUGGCGACAGACCACCCCAGGUUCUUAUUCACUGGUUUUCAAAGGGCCUUACAUCUUUCCCACGGAAUCAUGGAUAAUGCAAAAACUGAUCCUCCGCACAAGAGGAGGAGAAGCCCAGAUGACGAGAGGGCCGGGCAGAAGCCACGAAGUUCACCCAGUCAUUUUCCCUGUCACGAGAGGCAAGCACGAGAGAGCCCAAAUAGCGCGAUUCCAAAUGACCCUUCUGCGUGGAAAAUUCAGACAAGUCCUCCGAAGAGAAGACCGCCCACAGAAAUAAAGAGACAGUGGGAGGAUUUUUCUCACCUUUAUAAGCGCAGAUCAAAGUCAGAUCCGCCCUUUGACUUUUCUGUGAUGUCGUACAACAUCUUGUCUCAGCAGCUCCUCCAGGAAAACGCUUAUUUGUACAAACACUGCCCUUCAUCUGUACUUGACUGGAGCCACCGCUUCCCCAAUAUACUGAAGGAACUUGAGCUGCAUAAUGCAGAUAUAUUGUGUCUACAAGAAGUGCAAGAGGACCACUAUCAAAAACAGCUCAAACCCAGUCUAGAGUCUUUAGGGUACCAUUGUGAGUACAAGAGGCGCACGGGCUGGAAAUCGGACGGCUGUGCGGUGAGCUUCAAGCGGGACCGCUUCUCCUUGGUGUCUGGGCACCCCGUGGAGUACUUCCGGCGGGACGUCCCCACCCUGGACCGGGACAACGUGGGCCUGGUGCUCCUGCUGCGCCCGCUCGCCCUCCCGGCCCCCGCGGCUCCCGCGCCCCCCCCCGGUCCGGGGCAGGUCCUGUGCGUGGCCAACACGCACCUCCUGUACAACCCGCGGCGGGGGGACAUCAAGCUGGCCCAGCUGGCCGUGCUGCUGGCGGAGAUCACCCGCGUGUCCCGUCUGGAGGGCGGCGGCGCCUGCCCCGUUGUCCUCUGCGGGGAUUUCAACUCCGUGCCCGGGUCCCCCCUCUACAGCUUCAUCCGGGACAGCUGGCUGGAGUACGAGGGCAUCCCCAUCGGGAUGGUGUCCGGUCAGGAGGAGAGCCACAGAGUGCAGCGUCUCCUCCCCGUGCCCAUUUGGCCCCGGAGCGUGGGCAUCAGCCAGCACUGCCAGUACGAGAGCCAGCCCGGGACGGAUGCAGAGGCUGAGGGAGAGGCCUCCUGUCUCACAGAGGGAACAGACGCCCCACACAACGAGGCUCACAGGCCCAGCAUCGCCCACGGCCUCAGGCUCACCUCGGCCUACGCCCACCGCCUGACGGAGGGCGGGAGGCCCGAGGUCACCACCUGCCACUCCAGGACCGCCAUCACCGUGGACUACAUCUUCUACUCCGCGGCGCGGGGGGACACGGUGGCACAGCCAGAAUGCAGUGCGGCUCCCGAGCAGGGGCUGCAGCUCCUGGCCAGGCUGGCGCUGGUGGACAAGAGGGACCUGUGGACAGCCAACGGCCUGCCCAACGAGCGCAACUCGUCCGACCACCUCCCCCUACUCACACGCUUCCGCCUCUGCCCCUGACUCCACCCCCGGCCUCGCCUGGCCCCGCCUCCGCCCCUGACCCCGCCCCCGGCCUGGCCUGGCCCCGCCUCCUCAGCCAAAAACAGCAGCAGUCACACCAGCACAAACAAACUCAUACAGGCCUUGCUUACUGUGUCUCUGUGCUGGAAAAACAGGGACGUGGUUUAUUUUAUUUUACAGUUGGACUGACAGAAGGAAACAGGAGAAAAAUGGACUGCUGUGUCAGUCAGGAAAAAUGGAAUGAAAACAUUCACUUACUGUAAUAGGACUUGUGCGUCACGUUGAAUGCACAUUGUGGGAAGAGUUGCGUUGAGAUGUAUACAACUGGAGUGCUACGUUCACACUGGCCAGUUGUGCAUCUAUGAGGACAGAUUCAUAGGGAUGUUUAAUUAGUGCCAGCAUUGUGUGUAGAUAUUGCUUUGGUUUGCUUCUGGCUUUAAAAAAAAAAAAAAAAAAAAAAGAAAAACAUAUUUCUUGCAUUGUAUUUUAUUUGGUUUACAUGUUUACCUGUGUAGGUUUUAUUUUUAUUCUCAUGAAAUACUUGAACAUGCAGUCAUGCGGAUGAUCUGAGAUUUUAAAGGUUUUAUAAAUUUAUUUGUUUACUGAUGUUGGCAUUAUGGCGGGCAGGAAGGAUUUAUCACAUGAUUCAUGUUGUGGUGUCUCCUAGCAACAUGUAUAUUAAAUGAUUUGAAAAGAUGCCUGAUGGAAACCCGAUUUUAUUAAAGUAUUUAUUAUAAAAUGAAAAGGUUUUUUUUCCCCUCCAUCUCCCACUGCUAAGCAGGAGAAUAAUUUUUUUUGCUUUGUUAGAUGACAAAAUCUUCGUAUUGAAUAGGGAACAGAAUCAAUUUAAAACCAGUAUACCGAAUCAUUAUUGUCUUGAAGAUUUGAUGCAGGUUUCACCACUUUAUGUAAGAUCAGUCUUGCUGCUUUUGUUUACCGGUUGAAUUGCCAGUCAUUAAAUUGCAGAGAACCAAGGAUUCGGACAGUCCUUGAAGCAAAACAGCGUUUGAACUGGAUUUAAUGUUUCCCAUGAUGCUGAGGGAACACAUCUUAUCUGGUGCAAAAAUCUAGUAUGUAUUCAGGGUACAGAACAGACCAAGCAUGAAGAACCCAUAGUUCAGUGCAGAAAAAAUAUUUUUAAAAAAACAAGAAAAAAUCUCAUUAAGUAUACCUGUGCGUUUAGGUGAAGAAUGAGCCUUCGUCAGGUUCUUGACAGGCAAUUUCUCCCCAGCAUGCUUGAAUGUUUUUGUUAUUGCCUGAAAUUUAUGCGGAUCAAGCCCGUAUAAGCCCGAAGCUCGCCGGCAUCACUUAGCAGACUACACAUUUUUAACUCCACCCUUGGGCCUAUGGGAAAUGUAGUUCCGUACAUCGCCCAGUGCCAUUUAAGCUGGAAACUAGCAGAUCUUAUGGGCGUUUGCCGAACCACAUAAUUGCUACAUUGGUUUGUUCUCUCUCUUCUGCCUUUACGCCAUGCAAACCUAGGUAGCCUAGCUCAUACCGCGUAAACAUCAUGGAGGGCUGGACCUAAAGUACGGGGUGAGAUUUCUGCCAAAAAAAUUAAAUACAUUUGUUUUCAAUCUGUACAACUUUGGGGGAUUCCUACACAAUCUAUGCUUCAGAUU